UCGAGGCCGGUUUGGAAUUUUUGGCGCGAGCCGGCUCUGCGCGCGUUCACGGGCCGUUCCCCUCCGAGAGUCCUCCCGCCGGGCGUGGGAAGCCGUCGACUGCAGACCCCCGACCGCCUGACUGCGCCGGGGGCUUCCGCGGCCUCUGCCGAUCCGGAAUCUGGGACCUCUCUGGGCCGCGCCCCGCCCACCCGUCAAGCCCCUCCCCCGAGGCAGCCGACCUAUUCAGCUGUUCGCCAGGCUUUGCCCACGGCCACGGAGGUGAAUCGGCUGUGGCCCUGUCCCGGAGGAACUCACAGUCUAGCGCGGCAGACGGUGGUCAGCGAUGUGUCCGGCCCAGUGAGCGGAAUGCAGGUGCCUGGCGUCUCCAAAUAUGCUAGGACUGGGCCUGGAGGCUGUACUUCUAACCAGCAGGGGGUGCUGACACCCUGGUUCUGCACUUUGAGAAACCCUGAGAUGGGAAUCCUGAGGUGCUCGUCCCUGUGGCCUCCAUGUUUAAAGCGGAACGUGUGUGCAGAGUGGACGCACCUCUCUUCCGGAGCCUCUUUGGGGCCGCAAGACCAGGCACUGUUUGAGCGGACACACUGCUCUGUCCUGUGCACCGCAGGGCCUCCUGUGCUGGCCAUGCCUGUGCCCACAGAGGGCGCCCCUCCGCCCCUGAGUGGCACCCCCGUUCCAGUCCCAGCCUACUUCCGCCACGCAGAACCUGGCUUCUCCCUCAAGAGGCCUGGAGGGCUUAGUCGCAGCCUCCCGCCCCGGCCCCCUGCCAAGGGCAGCGUCCCCAUCAGCCGCCUCUUCCCUCCUCGGACCCCGGGCUGGCACCAGCCCCAGCCCCGGAGGGUGACAUUCCAAGGCAAAGCCUCUGAGACCCUUCAGAGCCCCUCCUAUGACCCGAGCCGGCCAGAGUCCUUCUUCCAACAGAGUUUCCAGAGGCUUGGCCGCUUGGGCCACGGCUCCUAUGGAGAGGUCUUCAAGGUGCGCUCUAAGGAAGACGGCCGGCUCUAUGCAGUGAAGCGCUCUAUGUCGCCCUUCCGGGGCCCUAAGGACCGGGCCCGCAAGCUGGCCGAGGUCGGUGGCCACGAGAAGGUGGGGCAACACCCGCGCUGUGUGCGGCUGGAGCAAGCCUGGGAGGAGGGCGGCAUCCUGUACCUGCAGACGGAGCUGUGUGGGCCCAGCCUGCAACAGCACUGCGAGGCCUGGGGCACCGGCCUGCCCGAGGCCCAGGUCUGGGGCUACCUGCGGGAUACCCUGCUUGCCCUGGCUCACCUGCACGGCCAAGGCCUGGUCCACCUUGACGUCAAGCCCGCCAACAUCUUCCUGGGGCCCCGGGGCCGCUGCAAGCUGGGUGACUUUGGGCUGCUGGUAGAGCUGGGUGCAUCUGGAACUGGUGAGGCCCAGGAGGGAGACCCCCGCUACAUGGCCCCUGAGCUGCUACAGGGCUCCUACGGGACAGCAGCGGACGUGUUCAGUCUGGGCCUCACCAUCCUGGAAGUGGCAUGCAACAUGGAGCUGCCCCAUGGCGGGGAGGGCUGGCAGCAGCUGCGCCAGGGCUAUCUGCCCCCGGAGUUCACUGCUGGCCUGUCUUCUGAGCUGCGUUCUGUCCUCACCAUGAUGCUGGAGCCUGACCCCAAGCUGCGGGCCACAGCCGAGUCCCUGCUGGCCCUGCCCAUGCUCAGGCAGCCUCAGCCUUGGAACGUUCUGUGGUAUAUGGCCGCCGAGGCCCUCAGUCGAGGGUGGGCCCUGUGGCAGGCCCUGCUUGCCCUGCUGUGCUGGCUCUGGCACGGGCUGGCUCACCCCGCCAGAUGGCUGCAGCCCCAGAGCCCACCAGCCACCCCGCCCGGCUCGCCACCCUGCAGCCUCCUCCUGGACAGCAGCGUCUCCAGCAACUGGGAUGAUGACAGCAUAGGCUCAGUGCAGGGACCACGCAGAGCAGAGCAGAACCGGCAACCUCACGCCUGGGGCGCUGCCUCACGAGGGAGCAGCGCGAGGGCCACGGCCGCCGCCACGGUAGGGCUGCAGUGCCCACAGGCUCUCGCUCUCUCCAGAGGCUGUCCUGGCCAGGGCUGUCGGGAACACCUCCACCCCCCGCAGUGGCUCCCCGGCCCCCCGGAGCAGGUACACACUGAGGUGAGCAGGCCCAGAGUCCAGCGGGUGGGAGGUGGUGGCUUUCAGAUCCUGAGUGUCAUUUGUCUCUCUUCCCCCCACCCCAGGGAGGCCCUGGACCUAAGUGACAUUGACUCUGAGCCCCCUCGGGGCUCCUUCCCCUCCUUUGAACCUCGGAACCUCCUCAGCCUGUUUGAGGACUCACUGGGCCCAGCGUGA